CAAUACAAAAGAAAUACACGGAGCACUACAAGGGACACAACAACAGCACACAAGCUACCAAAACAAACAACCUACACCUAUCUGCCAAGCACCUAAAAAACUACAACAAACACUACAAAUAUGCAAUAGCAUGUUCCCAGAAACAACAAUCAACACAACACUAACCAGAAUAGCAAGAAAUAUAAAAAACCAAACAGCAAAAAACCAACAUAUAAAAAACUGUAUAGAACGCAGAUACCAAAACUUUCAAAACAAUACAUCUAAGAUGAUAAAAAGCAUACUCAAAAAAUAUACAGACCCUGUGAUACUACACAACAUCCGAACCCAUGACAACAUAAUUACAGAACCAGAUGAGAUCAAAACAGCAAUACAAGAACACUUCAAAAACUGGACAAAGCUAAACCCUACCCAAACAGAAUUAUGGCAGGAAUGGGCUAACGAAUACAAACCUAUCCAAACAAUAGACUCAACAUGGUACGACACAACAACAACAGAAAUUAUACUUACCGAGCUAGAGAAUAUAAUUAAAGAAGCACCUAACACAAAAGCUACCGGACCCUCAAAGAUAUCAAAUGAAAUGCUAAAGCACCUCGGCCCUCAAGCAAAAUUGAUG